UACAACGACGGGGUCACUUCCUUUUCAACUUUCUGAUCUAUCUAAUAACUAAUAUCCGCUGUGUUGGACAAGAAACUGCUUCCAGUAAGAGUAAGAGUAACGAGAGAGUAGAAUCUACACCGUAGAGUAGUGAUGCCUAGUUGGUUCAAUGAGUGGUGGACUAAAUUGUACUUCGUGUUUCUCAGACCGCUGUUCAAAUGGGUUUUGAGAAACAUUACUGGUCAAUGUGAACUGUUACGAAUAACCAAUGAAGAAUCAGACACAGCUGUGAAAGUACAGAAAAUAGAAAGUUCGCUGAGGCAUUCCAGCUUUCCUGACCUCAGAGACUGCGCCACUAGCACCUCAGUCGAUGUCAGUGAAUCUGUGAAAAAAAUAAUAGAAAUAAAAAAUAUUGUGCCAGAAAAAUACCCUCGGUUUGAAAUCUCUUUACAAAACUUUCUGUUUCGAAUCAAGUCCUACAACAAAUUGGUGAGUGAUGCAGAAGACUUGAGAAAAAUUAAAUAUUCAUCAGACGACCCUUCCCAUGAGGCUAAGUUAAUACAGCUCUGGGAAGCUUACAGUGAGGGACAACCUCUUCCUGAAAGAAUUGGUGCUCAUUGGACAGAUUUGGGAUUUCAAGGUCAUGACCCCAGCACAGACUUUAGAGGAAUGGGUAUCUUGGGCCUGGAACAGCUUUUAUUUUUUGCCAGCAAGUAUCCAAAGCAAGCAAGACAGGUUUUGAGUCAAUCUUACCAUCCUCAGUUUGGAUUUUCUUUUGCCAUAGUUGGCAUCAACAUUACGGAAAUGGGUUACAGUUUGUUGGUAAGGAGAAAGUUGAGGUCUCAUUUCUACAGUCUUGACAAUAAAGAGCCCACAAUGGUUGACUUCCAUCAGGUUUACUGUCAUUUGCUGUAUGAGUUCGCCAAGUUUUGGUUUGCUGCCAAGCCUAAGGACAUCAUGGAAUUUAACACAGUUCGUGAACAGUUCCAUACUUAUAUUCAGUUCACCCUGACAAGUCCCAGUGCUUGCUUACAGUCGUCAUUCCAGAAACAUAAGUCAGAGAUUUGACAGUCACUGUUUAAAAUAAUGUGAACUAAGUUAUUUGGAUGCUGCCUUUAUCUAGUUGUCUUUUCUUGCCUUUGUUAAUAUGAUCUAAAUUAUUUCUGUGAUUGACAUGUGAACCUGAAAUAACCCACUGAGUGAAAAACUGAGUUGGGUCCAUUUUGUUUAGUUGUAAAUCCAAGACAGACUCAAGGGCUUCAAGUAAUGAGGAGCUGUUUAUUUAUAAUGAAAAGAUAACAAAGUAGAAAUAAAAACAGCAUUUGUAAGCUCUCAAGCUCUUUCCAAGUUUUUACAGAUAUUAAGUCAUGCAGAUUCACUCCAUUUGCCAGGUACUGGUGCUGGAUGCAAUAUCUGCCUCGCAGUUAUCAAAUGUCUAUUGCGGACCACCUAUACGGCUAUUGACACAUCACAGGAAUGGUAGUCACAUCUAUAAUGUCCUCUCAAGUAACGAGAUGCUUAUUUAUAAUGAAAAGAUGAUAAUGUAAAGAUGAAAGCAUCAGCUCUCAAGUUAUUUCUUCCUCUAAGAUCUAACAGAUCUCACAACCUGUGCUAGGCACUAGUGCUGAAUGCAACGUCUACCUCGCAAUUAUCACCAUUGCUUCACAUGUCUGUUUCGGGCCACCUUUGCUGCUAUUCAACGUCACAAGAAUAGAAGCCACACCUACAGCAUCCUCCAUAAUUUUGGAAUGAAUAGUCAAAAAAAACAAAAACAUGAUUUGUGUGUAUUAUUUUGAACUUGUUAGAGAAUUUGUUGAAAUACUAUCUAUUUUAGUGGUGAUAUUGAUGAUUUGUUAAUCAUGUAGCUCUAUUAUCAUUUUAAAUGUUAAGAAAGAUACAAUCAAAAAAGGGAAAAUAACCCCCAAAGCUAACUUCUUAUAUGGUGCUAUUAUUGAUGUUAAAUGUAAUUUAAUUUUGUUAAUGGAUUGAGAAGUUUUAGAGAAAAAAAUGGGAAAUGAAAAAAAUGUAGGAAAUAAAUUUUAAAAAAUUAUGGACUAAAAGAAUAUAGACUCAAAGAGAUAAUAACAUUUAAUAAACAAGUAAAUAUAAAAAAUACUUUUUAAAAAAUGAAGCUUAUAAUUGACUGAAAUUGCAUCAAUUAUUUUUAAUCAAUCAUGUAAUUAAUUUUUAAUGGAUCUAUUCUAAGUUUUUACUAUUUUUACCAUCAGAGCUGUGAAUGGACUUUGUUUUUAAUCACUUGGCUGUGUAACAUUUAGCUCUUGAGCUAUAAAACGGGAAUAACCCUUGAGGGAUUAUUGUCAUGACAUGGACUAAAUUGUGCUGAUGUGCCGAAAACCGAAAAUAUCAACACAAAAAAAAUAUUAAAUAUCUAUUCUAAGAAAAAUAAAUUUGUUUGAUUGUAAAUAUUUUUACUAAUUUUAACACAACAUUCAUGCUUAUUAUGCUUAGUGUGCUAUGGUCCAAUCACUUUUGUUGAUCAGUGGUGAAAGGGGGGGGCAUCUGGGAGAAGGUUUCUGUACUGCAAUUUCAAAAGCAAUUAAAAAAUAAAAGUUGCUCAAGUCUGAAUUCAAACUUGAGUUUCAGAAAGCUGACGUGCUUAGCCACUGAGUUAUUCAAGUACUUGUAAAAAUAGUUUUAAUUUUAGUCCUUAGUUUAAAAUUUUAAUUCAACAACCUAAUUCUCUACACAAGGCUUAUCAUCUCUUACCUUAGUACAUUUCAAUAUAAAACAAAAUUAAUUAAUUAUGACUAAUUGAUUAAUUAAUUAUUCAUGUGUUAUCAUUGACAAUGAAUAAUUGUCCGAAGUUUCAACUUGAUCCAACAAUAGGAAGCUGAAGAAAUAACCUGUACAAGGUUCUAUCCAGACAGAGUUGAUAGAAGGUUUGUAAACAGUUCUCCAAUAAAGAUGAUUUUUUUCUUUUUAUCUCUACAGUAGGAAACCCAAUAAAGAUGAUUUUUUUCUUUUUAUCUCUACAGUAGGAAACCCAAUAAAGAUGAUUUUUUUCUUUUUAUCUCUACAGUAGGAAACUAGAGGCAUGGUUUCUUUACUGUCAUAAUUUUGUUCAAAAGCUUUCAUUUCUACAAUAGUUUCUUCAUAUAUAGUAUAUAUAAAUAACCGAAAGUUCAUUGUAUUUUAUUUUAAUAUUACAUGUUAUUAUAUAGACCAAGUCUAUUAUAUAACUGGUAUGUUUCUGAAAAUGUGCAAUAUAUGAAUCACCAGUAGUGGUGAAUUUCUUUGGAAAUGAAUAAAGUGAAACUUUGAAUUUA